GUUACUAUGAUAAAAUAUUUGAAUGUUACUAUGGGGUUUUAUAUAUAUAUAUAUUUAAAUGAAUAAUAUAGAUUAAAACAAUAAUCAAUAAUUUAUGAAUAUAUAUCAUCCUUGAUGGAUAUAAAACAAAACAAAACAAAACAAAACAACACAAUCAUAAACAAUAAUAAAUAGAUUAGAAUUAAUUUAUUUAAUGAAUAAUUCUGGAUUCAUUUUAACAAUAAAAUAUUCAUAAUGAUUCAACUAUCACUAUGACAAUUAGUGAAACUAUGCUACCAUUAAAGAAUAAUGAUAAUUCUAAUUUAAUACAAAUCAAUAAUGGACAUAUACCGACAAAGAAAUUCACUCAUCUUAUUCCAAUGAAUCAAUCAUCUAAAAUCAAUAAAAAAAUCAAUAUUUUAGAAUUAAUCUGUGAUACAUUCUCUAUACGUGGUAUUGCACGUAUUAAACAUGGAACACCUUUUCUUAAAGGUUUAUGGUUUUGUUUUAUAUUUAUCAUGACAAUUGGUCUUCUUUUAACCACCUAUCUAUUAGUACAAGAUUAUUUGAUUUAUGAUGUCUCCGUAAAUAUCCAUGUUGAAUUAGAUAUGAAAUCACCAUUUCCAGCAUUAACCAUAUGUCAUCAUUAUCCAUUUUCACAAAAUGCCUAUCAAUUAUGGUAUCAUAAUCAAGUGAUGUCUCCAAGUCGAUUUAAUCAAUAUAUGCGUAAUUUAACACAUCAAUAUCUAAUGAAUAAUGAUGUAGAUACAGCGGAAACUCUUUAUCAAUAUGAUAGUUUAUCGAUUUAUUAUCAAAAUAUUAAACCAAUGGAUGCAUAUCGUCUAGGACAUGAUAUUACAGUAUUUUUAAAUUGUAUGCGACGUAUUAAUCAUACAAUGCAAAUAGAAGAUAAUUGUCAACAAAUGGAUGGUUUCUAUAUACGGAAAUUUACACAUCAUAUUUAUUUUAAUUGUCAUACAUUUGAACCAAAAACAAGAAUAGAAGCAGAUAAUACAGAUAUUAUAGCAUUAAUUGUUAGUUUAGGAAUAGAUUCAUAUGAUAAUAAGAAUAAUCAUAAUCAAGAACAAGCAUUUCUUGUGGAUUUAUUUGAAAUGGCUAAAGGUUUACGUGUUGUUGUACAUGAACCUGGUACAUAUCCAGAUUUAGAACGAGAAGGACUACAUGUUGAACCAGGAAAAUUAAAUGAAAUCAAUUAUCAACCAGUUUUAUGGAAACGACUUAAUACACCUCAAAAUCCAUGCCGUGAAGAGUUUAUUGAUCGUAAUCCAGAAUUGGCUAGUAUUACUGAUCAUAAAUUAUCUCGAUUAACUGGAUUAGAUUUUGCAUAUGCAUAUAAUGAUUUAAAUGUAUCAUAUAGAUACACUCAAUCCCAGUGUAUAUUGUUUCAUCAACAAGAAGAUAUUAUUAAAGAAUGUGGAUGUCAGUAUAUAUACAAUCCAAGACCACAAUACCCCUCAAAUGAUCUUCCAUAUUGUGGUUCAAUACUAGGAGAUGAUUUUGAUAUAUUGGCACUAGCUAAACGUAUCCAAUGUCUUACAAGUGGUCCUUUAAAUGUAACCGUUAGAAGUCAGUACGAAUCAACUUUAUGUCAUCCAAGAUGUCGAUAUUAUACAUAUGAAAGUACUAUAUCAGUUACAACAUGGAGAGCUGUUGAUUGGCAAUUACAUUGGCUUAGGCAAUUGAAUAGAGCAUUUAAAUCAAUGCAAUAUGAUGUGAAAAUGAAUGGAGAAGAUUGGAAUAUAACUCAAAGUAAAGGUUUUCAUCGAUGGAAAGAAUAUUAUGAAAAAGAUAAUCUAACAAAUAUUUCUGCGAAUGCAAUCAGUGAUCUAAAUCUUCAAGGUGAUAAUUUUGCUUAUGUUGUUCUUAAACGUCGUGCUAGUGAUGUACGUGUUAGUCAAGAGAAAUUAGUUUUAAGUAUUAGUGUUCUACUUAGUCGUAUUGGUGGUCUUUGUUCAUUAAGUAUUGGAUUAACUGCUGCAUUUAUUGUUGAAUUAAUUGAAUUUACUUAUCGUUUAGUAACUAUGGAAAGAUCAACUAUUCAACGUAAUAAAAAUAAACAUAAUAAAAUGAACAGUAACAAUGUUUUAAGGGUGGGUGGGGGACAAUAUAAAAAUAAACAAAAACAAACUACAACUUGUAUCUAACUCACUUGAAAGACAGACAGACAGAGAGAGAGAGAGAGAGGGAGGGGUGAGAGAUGGAGGAAACAUUCUAAUUAUUUUAUCGCUCUAUUAUAUUUCAUUUGAAUACAAUCACAAUAAUGGUGUCAACGUGUAUUCAUAGAUAACAGAUCAUUAGUUAUAAAUUCAAUUAGUGAUCUAUUCACAUGGAAUGAUACAAUUUGUGUUUUACAUUUCUCUGUUUAUUAUUUCAUAUAAUUUAUUUGUAAGUAAAUAGGAUCACAAAUAUUAAAAGGUUAUAUGUUUU